AUGGAGUGGAGAAAAUGGUACUUAGACGCCAUUAUUGUGCCCUUAGCUCUUGUGAUGAUGCUUUGUUACCACAUCUACUUGUCCUUCAUGGUUCGAACCCAUCCCUUCUUCACCGUCCUCGGCAUCAAUUCUCACGGCCGCCGGAUCUGGAUUUCCGCUAUGAUCAAGGAGAAUCAGAAGACAAACAUAUUGGCGGUACAAACAUUGCGUAACAUAAUUAUGGGAGCUACACUAAUGGCUACGACCUGCGUGCUACUCUGCGCAGGUCUAGCCGCGGUCAUAAGCAGCACUUACAGCAUCAAGAGGCCUCUAAACAACGCCGUUUAUGGUGCUUAUGGAGAUUUCGCAAUAGCGGUCAAAUACCUAACAAUUCUCACAAUCUUCAUCUUCUCUUUCUUCUUCCAUUCUCUAGCCAUCCGUUUCCUCAACCAAGUCGCCAUUCUCAUUAACAUACCUAAUUUAGACCCUAAUCCCUCUGGUUGCUUCUUCCUCACGCCUGAGUAUGUCAGCGAGAUGUUCGAAAAAGGUUUAUUGCUCAACACGGUAGGUAACAGGUUAUUCUACGCAGGCUUUUCUCUGAUGCUAUGGAUCUUUGGUCCUAUACUAGUGUUCUUGAGUGUCUUGGUGAUGGUGCUUGUUCUUUAUCACCUCGACUUCGUGUCAAGCUGCAACGUAAAGAGAAACAACGUAUAG